CGGAGUGGAGCUUCCACCACAGUUCCUCUCCCCGCCUUCCUCCCUCAUUCUUCGGCAGCUUCGCGGAGGACUUACACACUUUCCCGGUUCCUCAGGCAACUCCUCGCCGCCCGCUUUCCUUAGGCGACUACGGGUUUACCUUCAAUCCUUCCGGUUAUCGUUUACGAGCGGACACAAUUAUCUGCCAUUAAAGCCGGAAAUACAACAUUGUUGUCCCCGGUACACCGGUCCUUAUUCAGAAGAGCAACAGCCUGGAAGACAACAGUGAGGUAAACAAGUAGCACAUCCCACUGCAGUCAUGGAUGAGAUGGACCUGCCCCAGAUGAAGAAGGAGGUGGAGAGCCUCAAGUAUCAGUUGGCCUUCAAAAGAGAGAAGUCCUCCAAAACAGUGACAGAUUUGGUGAAGUGGAUAGAGGACGGCGUCCCGGAGGAUCCCUUCUUGAACCCCGAGCUAAUGAAGAACAACCCGUGGGUGGAGAAAGGAAAGUGCAUCCUUCUGUAGGAGGAUGCGACCGGCCUGACGUUCCCUUUCAACCGACACCUUGACCCCAGGACCUCUCAGCAUGAAUGUACAACACACGCCCCGACAAGGCCUCACCAAACACUCUUUUGCCUGACCGCCACUCUUUCACUCAGUCAAUGUACGCCAUCGGUACUCCACCUCGUCCGCCAACACCACGACUCCACUGCGCUUUUGCAAUUACCGAUGACACGCUUUCUUUGAAUUCACGGGUGAUAGGCAACAUCCUCACGGUCAGGUAGACUGAAAAUCUGCUGACUCAGCUCAAUACAGGCGUUUCUUACCAACUCUUUGUAUUCUCCCAAAUAAACUGUUUAAUUAGGUGGUUGACAUAACAAUGCCUUAAGGUCGCUCAUGGUCAUGAUGGAUCCAGAUAACAUUUAAAGACAUUGUGACUUCUUUUUCUUAAAUACAUUUAAAUGACUACUUGCUCGUCAUUGUACACCACGGAUGUUUACACCGGCGGCCAUUUAAGAGUCAAAACGUCUUAUGUAUUUUAAGACACUUUGUUUCAGGUCACAAAGCGUUUACAAACCCUAUUUAUCUCAGACAUUUUUGUCAGUUUAUGUUGAGCCCUUUCUGCAAACAUGAAUCAAAAAUUGCUUUAAAAAAAAAAGUGGGCUGAUAUUGCGUGGUACGACUCGAAACACACCUGGGCUUGAACCCACAGCUCCCGUCUGACUGCGAGUCGAGCAUGCGAGCCGACUCAUUGACCGGCGGGGCGCUUGAGGUGUUGGGGAGUGUGGUUUACUUUUGGUGGUAGCACACAGCUUAGCUGUUAGCUGUACCUAUUAACCCGCCCGUUCUGUCCACCCUGCAAUAUCGAAGUAACACAUCCUGUAGCCAGUCAAGUCAGGCCUUCACAAUAAAGCACCGAAGUAAAAAUUAAGAGUUUUGUAGAAAAUUUCCCUUAUUUCCACACUUAUUUUGAAAUAAAAAUUAGAUGUAUUUUAACUUCCAUAGAAAAAAAAAUCCUCUUGGGCAACAUUGGCGUAACAUAUACUGUAGACAGUGAAGCCAGGCCUUCACAAUAAAGCACUGAAGUAAAAAUGAACAGAGUCUUCCGGAAAAUUUCCCUUAUUUCCACACUUAUUUUGAAAUAACAAUGAUAUGUAUUUUAACUUUCAUGGGGGAAAAAGAUCUUCUUGGGCAACAUUGGCGUAACAUAUACUGUAGCUAGUGAAGUCAGGCCUUCACAAUAAAACGUGUCAGUAAAAUAACCAGAGGAAAAGACAUAAAUGUCCUAAAUUUGCUGUAAUUUCUACCCUUAUUUACCCCUUUAUUAUUUUGAAAUGCAAACGAUACAUCAAAUAAAAUCCUCUCAGGCACCAUCGGCAUAACAAAUCCUGUAGCCAGUGAAGUCAACCUUUCAAAAUAAAGCGCGGCAGGAAAGUUACUACAGUGGAAAGACCAAAAAUGUUCUGGAAAAUUUCAUUUAUUUUCAUCUUUAUUAAUCCGUAAUGCCUGUAAUAUUUAUUGUGAGAAAAAAAUAUCCGAAGCAACAUUGGCAUGACAUGCUGUAGUUAGUAAAGUUAGGCCUUCAAAAUAAAGCAUGUCAGUAAAAUAACCACAUGAAAAUUUCCCAAAUUUAGAGGAAUUUUUACCCCUAUUUACCCUUUAUUAUUUUAAAAUGCAAUUGAUACAGGAAAUAAAAUCCUCCUGGGCCCCAUCGGCUUAACACAUCCUUUAGCCACUAAAGUCGACCUUCAGAAUAAAGCAAGGCAGUGAAAAUAAACACAGAGUUUUACGGGAAAUUUCCCUUUUUUUGUAAUGAAAAUUGUACGUAUUUUAACUUUCAUGAAAAAAAAAAUCAUCUUGGGCAACAUUGGCGUAACAUAAACUGUAGCCAAUAAAGUUUGACCUUGAAAAUAAAGCCGCCCAGUAAAACAAAAUGGAAAGACUAACAUUUUCCUUAGUUCCCCCCUUUCUAUUUUUAAAGACAAUGAUAUGUAUUUUAACUUUCAUGAAACUCCAGCAGCCCCCGCCAGCCCAAGAGGGACAAUCAGUAGAAAAUGGAUAGAUGGAUGGAGAAAACAUUCUGUAGCGAGUGAAGUCGGGCCUUCACAAUAAAGCGCGGCAGUAAAACAACCACGUGGAAAGACCUAAAUUUCCCUAAUUUUACGGAAAUGUUCCAUUAUUUUGAAAUGGGAAUGAUAUUUAUUUUAACUUUCAUGAAAAUAAAUCAUUAGCGCAACACAUCCUGUUGACAGUAAAAUCAGGCCUUCAAAAUAAGGCACGCUGGUAACAUAACCAAAGUGGAAAGACCAAAAUUUUGCUUAUUUUUCCUAAUUUCUCUGAAAAUUCCCUUUAUUUUCCCCAUUAUUAUGUUGAAAUGCAAAUAUUGACAGGUAUGAGCUAAGCUAGCGUACAAGACAAAAAAAUUCCCUGCCUAGAAUAUUUGACCAAACAACAAAAUCCCUCCCCUGCACUUAAUAGUUGCUUAUGUUUACAGUGACAGCAAAAUUUCGACACGUUUUACAGCUUUGCUUUUGAAGCAUGUUUUUUCCUAUUUACCAUAACUUGGCAUGUUGUUGUUCUUUAGUGUCAUUAGAGCGGAGUGUGUGUGUGUUUGUCGUUGUUCCCGCUCUCUGGAGGGGUUUUUACUUCCCCACCCCCCUUCCUUACUGACACUCCCUCGGGACCACGCAAACACACAACCGUUGUACAAACACUCUUUAGACCCCUUUUACUUAUGAACCACUUACUCUAUUUAUUUUAUUUAUUUAUUUAUUAGAACUGUUUUCCUGUGAUACGUUUCUGUCCCAAUAUUUAUUCCGAUUAUUGCGUCUACAAAUGCAACACUUUGUCAGAUCAACAACUGCCUUGGACACAGUUCCCUUAAAACCAGACUGUCAAUAUUUGGAGGUGUGAGAACUGCAUGAGUUGAACAUGGCAGGUGGCCUCACACACACACACACACACAAACACACACACACAAACACACACACACACACACACACACACACACACACUGCUUGGUAGGAAAGGUGAUGAAGUAGGACGACAUGGGGACCCUCACGUCAUCUCAGUACUGUAAUAACUCUCAUUAUAUUGGCAUCCCCCUGCAUCUCCCAAGGCUUAUUCUGUAAUUGGGUGACUUUUGUACACUGCAGAUAUUUAAAUGAACUUACCUUAGUUGCUCUAUGACGUGCUAAUGAAUUCCUGUUUGCCAACUCAUCAAACAUGCAUAGAACAGCACUUCUCCUCCUUGGAAACAUUUUACCAAUCAGAUACUGCUUGUUCCCUUUCAUUCUGAUCUUUGUGUCCUCAGUCCCUCACACCUGGACUGUCCAGCUUGUCUUAAAACACUUUCCGCCUCCCAUCCGGCUAGAUAGGACGACUCUAGUCUCACUAUUGUCCGACAAGAUAGGACAGCGCCUGUGUGACUAUUGUCUGACUAGAUAAGACAGUGCCAGUGUGACUAUUGUCUGACUGAAUAGAACAUCUGUAGUCUGACUACAUAGGACAGCCCCACUCUGACUGUUGUCCGACAAGAUAGGACAGCGCCAGUGUGACUAUUGACUGACUAGAUAGGACAGUGCCAGUGUGAGUAUUGUCUGACUAGAUAGAACAUCUGUAGUCUGACUACAUAGGUCAGCUCCAGUCUGACUAUUGUCUGACUAGAUAGGUCGCGCCCCAGUCUUACUGUUGUCUGACUAGAUUGAACAUCUCUAGUCUGACUAUUGUUUGACCGGAUAGGACAGUGACAGUGUGACUAUUGUCUGACUAGAUAGAACAUCUGUAGUCUGACUACAUAGGUCAGUCCCAGUCUGACCGUUGUCUGACAAGAUAGAAUAUCUAGUCUGACUAGAUAGGUCAGCCCCAGUCUGACUGUUGGCUGACAAGAUAGGGCAGCUCUAAUGUGACUAUUGUCUGACUAGAUAGGACAGUGCCAGUAUGACUAAUGUCUGACUAGAUAGGACAUCUGUAGUGUGACUACAUAGGUCAACCACAGUCUGACUGUUGUCUGACAAUAAAGUACAUCUCUAGUCUGACUAGAUAGGUCAGCCCCAGACUGACUGUUGUCUGGCAAGAUAGGGCGACUCUAGUCUGACUAUUGUUUGACUAGAUAGGACGGUGCCAGUGUGACUAUUGUCUGACUAGAUAGGACAUCUGUAGUCUGACUACAUAGGUCAGCUCCAGUCUGACUAUUGUCUGACUAGAUAGGACGGUGCCAGUGUGACUAUUGUCUGACUAGAUAGGACAUCUGUAGUCCGACCACAUAGGUCAGCUCCAGUCUGACUAUUGUCUGACUAGAUAGGUCAGCCCCAGUCUUACUGUUGUCUGACUAGAUUGAACAUCUCUAGUCUGACUAUUGUUUGACUAGAUAGGACAGCGCCAGUGUGACUAUUGUUUGACUAGAUAUGACAUCUGUAGUCUGACUACAUAGGUCAGUCGUAGUCUGACUACAUAGGUCAGACCCAGUCUGACUGUUGUCUGACAAAAUAGAAUAUCUCUAGUCUGACUAGAUAGGUCAGCCCCAGCCUGACUGUUGUCUGGCAAGAUAGGGCGGCUCUAGUCUGACUAUUGUCUGACUAGAUAGGACGGUGCCAGUUUGACUAUUGCCUGACUAGAUAGGACAUCUGUAGUCUGACUACAUAGGUCAGCUCCAGUCUGACUAUUGUCUGACUAGAUAGGUCAGCCCCAGUCUUACUGUUGUCUGACUAGAUUGAACAUCUCUAGUCUGACUAUUGUUUGACUAGAUAGGACGGUGCCAGUUUGACUAUUGCCUGACUAGAUAGGACAUCUGUAGUCUGACUACAUAGGUCAGCUCCAGUCUGACUAUUGUCUGACUAGAUAGGUCAGCUCCAGUCUGACUAUUGUCUGACUAGAUAGGUCAGCCCCAGUCUUACUGUUGUCUGACUAGAUUGAACAUCUCUAGUCUGACUAUUGUUUGACUAGAUAGGACAGUGAUAGUGUGACUAUUGUGUGACUAGAUAGAACAUCUGUAGUCCGACUACAUUGGUCAGUCCCAGCCUGACCGUUGUCUGACAAGAUAGAAUAUCUCUAGUCUGACUAGAUAGGUCAGCCCCAGUCUGACUGUUGGCUGACAAGAUAGGGCGGCUCUAAUGUGACUAUUGUCUGACUAGAUGGGACAGUGCCAGUAUGACUAAUGUCUGACUAGAUAUAACAUCUGUAGUCUGACUACAAAGGUCAGCCACAGUCCAACUGUUGUCUGAAAAGAUAGGACAGCUCUUAUUUGACUUGUCUGACUAGAUGGAACAUAUCUAGUCCGACUGUUGUCUGACUAGAUAGGACAUCUGUAGUCUGACUACAUAGGUCAGCCAAUGUAGGACAGCUUUAAUCUGACUAGAUAGGACAGCUGUAGUCUGACUUGACAGGACAUAUGUAGUCUGACUAGAUAGGAUGGCUUUAAUCUGACUAGAUAGGGCAGCUUUAAUCUGACAAGGUAGUACAUCUGUAGUCUUACUAUUGCCUGACUAGAUAGGACAGCUUUAAUCGGACUAGAUAGGACAGUUGUAGUCUGCCUAUCGCCUGACUAGAUAGGACAGCUUUAUCAGACUAGAUAAGACCGCUGUAGUCUGACUAUUGUCUGACUAGAUAGGACAGUUUUAAUCUGACUAGCUAGGACAGCUGUAGUCUGACUAUCGUCUGACUAGAUAGGGCAGCUUUAAACUGACAAGGUAGUACAUCUGUAGUCUUACUAUUGCCUGACUAGAUAGGACAGCUUUAAUCGGACUAGAUAGGACAGUUGUAGUCUGCCUAUCGCCUGACUAGAUAGGACAGCUUUAUCAGACUAGGUAAAACUGCUGUAGUCUGACUAUUGUCUGACUAGAUAGGACAGUUUUAAUCUGACUAGCUAGGACAGCUGUAGUCUGACUAUCGUCUGACUAGAUAGGGCAGCUUUAAACUGACAAGGUAGUACAUCUGUAGUCUUACUAUUGCCUGACUAGAUAGGACAGCUUUAAUCGGACUAGAUAUGACAGUUGUAGUCUGACUAUUGCCUGACUAGAUAGGACAGCUUUAAUCAGACUAGAUAGGGCAGCUGUAGUCUGACUAUUGUCUGACUAGAUAGAACAGCUUUAACCUGAUUAGAUAGGACAACUAGAGUCUGACUAUCACCUGAUGAGAUAGGAAAGCGUUUACCUGACUAGGUAGUACAGCUGUAGUCACUAUCGCCUGACUAGAUAGGACAGCUCUAAUCUAAUAUUGUCUGACUAAUCGGGACAGCUCUAGUCUAACUAUUGUCUGACUAGAAACGGCAGCUCUAGUCUGAUAUCAUCUGAAUAGAUGGUACAGAUGUAAUCUUACUAUUGCCUGACUAGAUAGGACAGCUUUAAUCUGACUAGAUAGGACAGCUGCAGUCUGCCUAUCGUCUGACUAGAUAGGACAGCUCUAGCAAGGUCACAAACAUCUUCUAAGACAACCUAAACAGCAGAGGUGUGAAUCUCACAUCAAUUCACAAUUCUUUUCAAUUCCGAUUGGCGUGACGAUUCCAUUCAGGAUCCAUUUAGGAUUCAACAAGAUUCUCGAUUCCAACCGAUUAUUUUGGUAGUAAACUUGUAGAAAUGGAUUCCAGCAGCCUCACUUUUUGGUUUCAUGUUGUUCCAAGUUGAGCUGCUUGUGUCCAAGUGUAGCCAAGCUGGUUUGCUGUAACAAGUGACGUCUUGCAUGACAAAAUACUCGGAAAGUGCAAAAAGUGUCCGAGCUGCUUCCUGUUUGUAGCUUCUCUAGGGACCUGUGUGCUAAAACUCCGAUGUUUGGUUGCUACUCCAACAUCUGAACUGAACAGACUUGUGUGCCACCACUGGAAACGCCUCUAAUGCUGUUUGCUUGACACGCUUUGGGUUUCAUCCGUACCACUCUUCUGUUCCUUUUCAUAUAACCUGCAGGUGCGUGUGUGUGUGUGUGUGUGUGUGUGUGUGUGUGUGUGUGUGUGCGUGCGUGCGUGCGUGCGUGCGUGUGUGUGAUGUUUCUUCGAUUGCAACGUCAGCAUUAACCCGUGCAAGUCCGUCUAGUUACCAGCAAUUUCCUCGUGAGAGUGCUGGGGAGUUCCUAUUAUGCAUCGUGUGUAAAGAUGACAAGCAAUAAAUUCAAGAUCAUUUUGUAUUGGAUUUUUUGCAAAAACAUUUAUCUUAAUAAAGUAGAAGAUUUUGAAA